GUUGUCACUGACUCCGUAGAAGAAGACUGGCACCUUCACAUUAGUAAGGGAAGUGACAGAAGUUAACGAAAACGACAUAUUUGGCUGGAUUUUUCCUCGUUCCUUUUAAAUUAGUUGCACUUCAAAGCUGCCAUGACAGUGGUCAUUGGAUUUGAAGGUAGCGCCAACAAGAUCGGCAUAGGAAUCAUCAAGGAUGGCGAAGUCCUGUCCAACCCCAGGCGCACUUACAUUACCCCGCCGGGUCAAGGUUUUCAGCCUAGUGAUACAGCCAGACACCAUCGUGCUGUCAUCCUGACCGUCCUGAAAGAGGCGCUAGAUCAGGCAGGAAUUAAACCUGCUGAGGUGGAUUGUGUGGCGUACACAAAAGGUCCUGGGAUGGGAGCCCCGUUGGUGACGGUGGCUCUGGUGGCCCGGACCGUGGCACAGCUCUGGGGGAAGCCUCUGGUUGGUGUCAAUCACUGUAUCGGCCACAUCGAGAUGGGCCGACUCAUCACCAAAGCCAACAACCCCACCGUGCUCUACGUGAGCGGAGGAAACACGCAGGUGAUAGCAUACUCAGAGCGGCGAUACAGAAUCUUUGGAGAAACUAUCGACAUCGCCAUUGGCAACUGUUUGGACAGAUUUGCAAGAGUCAUCAAGAUAUCCAAUGACCCCAGUCCGGGCUACAACAUAGAGCAGAUGGCUAAGAAGGGAACUCAGUACGUGGAGCUGCCGUACACCGUCAAAGGGAUGGACGUGUCAUUUUCGGGGAUAUUGUCUUACAUUGAGGAUGCAGCUCACAAGAUGCUGGGAAGUGGGCAGUGCACGGCGGAGGACCUGUGUUUCUCUUUACAGGAGACUAUGUUUGCGAUGCUGGUGGAGAUCACGGAGAGGGCCAUGGCUCACUGCGGCUCGGAGGAGGUGCUCAUCGUUGGCGGUGUCGGCUGUAACUUGCGCCUGCAGGAGAUGAUGCAGGUGAUGUGUGACGAGAGAGGAGCCAAACUGUUCGCCACGGAUGAACGAUUCUGCAUCGACAACGGAGCCAUGAUUGCUCAAGCGGGUUGGGAAAUGUUCCGCUCUGGUCAAGUCACCGAGCUGAAAGACUCCUGGAUCACACAAAGGUACCGAACAGACGAGGUGGAAGUGACGUGGCGGGAUUGAAGCUCACCAUUUUAGAAAUGGAUUUUUUUUUUGUAUUAAAAAAUAAAAUAUGUCAUGAAACAAUUAUUUCUGACUGAUGCAUUAUCAAUCCCACCUUCUGAACAUUUAGGACUCUAUUUUUAUGUUUGUUUGAAUAAAAUAGUUAAAGAAA